AAAACACGUUUAUGAUGCCAUAAAGCAGUUUUGACCAGAGGAAACUACCAAAUGAUCAUUUAGUUGUAGUCUGGACUGCUUACGAGGCGUGUGUGCAGAUUGCAGUUUUUUCUUUUGAAUAAAUAAAGUCUUUUGAAGAACAAUGAAGUUAUUUAUGGGCUUUGUGUUGUUGUCGGCCCUCGGCGCUUCCUUGGCUGUGCCAUUAAGGCCAUCAGUUGACGAAGAUCCUGAGUUGACCGCUGGCUACUUUGAAGGUGACAUUGUUUUGGAACCAAACGAACGCAAUGGCUUACGCAGUGAAACUAGGCGUUGGCCAAAUAAUCUUGUCUACUACAAAUUCAGUGAGGGAUACUUCGAUAACGCUCAUAAGAAUCAUGUACUGCGCGGCAUGAAGAUCUUGGAGGAGGUAUCGUGCAUCCGUUUCAAGGAGGCCACCGAGGACCAGUCUAAUUAUGUCCGCAUUACCGGUGAAAGUGGUGGCUGCUACUCAAGCGUCGGUUGGCAGAACGGCGUUCGUUCAUAUAAUCUGCAGAUGAACGCCUUGGAUGCAGGUUGCUUCCGCCUCGGCACCAUUGUGCACGAGUUCUUGCACACACUCGGUUUCUAUCACAUGCAGAGUGCCGCGAAUCGCGAUGACUACGUUCGCAUAGCCACGGAGAACAUUCGGGCCGGCACCGAGCAGAACUUUAAUAAAUACAACGAAGAUUUUGUAGAUGAUUUUGAUGAGGAAUACGAUUACGGCAGCGUGUUGCAUUAUUCGGCGUAUGCGUUCUCUGCCAAUGGUGAAAUGACGAUAGUGCCUUUGAGAGAGGAGGAAGCCGGUGUCAUGGGUCAGCGUCGUGGCUUAAGUCAAAGUGAUAUAAAUAAAUUGAAUACUAUGUAUCGUUGUCCUAUGCAUAUAUUAAAGAAGAAGUAAAAUCAAAAGUAGCAACUACA